AAAUCUCAGCGAUAAUUCUGUUCUUAUUCUCAGUCGUCGAUACCUUAUUCCCCCGUUGCUCUGGUGGACAGCCCCGGUUUCCUCCUCUAGAGCCGGCGGCGAAGCCCCUCCAUCCCUCCCUUUAUACCCCUACAGCCCCCCGUUAUAUUCCCUACCCUCUCUGUUCAUAGUGCUACCGUCCGCCUGGAGAUUGCGCCUCAGUCGUGGCUGCUUCAGUAGCUCUGUGGAUUCUCUCCGUCGCUGCUCCCUGUCCGAUCCCCUUCCUGGUUUUCUUGUGUCUUCAGCUUCCGUUAGGCAUCGAAUUCAGUCCGUCGUCGGCCCUUUUCGUCUCUUCUCCGGUGUCUUGUCCUCCUCGCCACUCAGGUAAGCGUUGCUCUCCUCCUGGCUGGCGCCUGUGCCCCAAUACCCAUUCCCUUGUCGCGCCUUAGGAUUGGCCCUCUUCCCCUUCCCCGUAGUUUCUCUUUUGUGCUCUUUUUCGUGUGGGGGACUCCUGGUGAUGGAGUUUUUUUUAUUUUAUGAGAUUGGCUAUAUUUUUGGGGCAUAUUGAAUGAUUUUGUAAUGGUGUUGGGCGAGAUGAACCCCUCAGAGACUGCCAGAUUGUUCUCUUAUGCUGAGGCAGUUGUUCCUAAAGAAAGCACUCAAGGUGCUCGACAAAUUGCCAAAAAGGAAUUUUCUUUUUUGGUGGAUCCCAUACCCAAGAUUUUAUUGCUGAACUUCAGGAUACCAAUGGCGAUACAACAGUGUUCUUUGAGGAUGAUGCAAUUGAUCAAUUAUCUGAAGCCUUUCGAUUCACGCUGAUUGGCAAAUUCUCCCAUGGAUUCUCUUCUUGGAUUGAUAUUGGAAAUGGUUUUGAUAAUCUCAAGUUGUUUGGAAAGUUUAGCAUUCAGAGGCUGAACUAUAAACACAUUCUGAUCCGGCUGACUAAUGAGGAUGACUACACUCGGGUUUGGUUGAGGGGAAUAUGGUAUUUCAAAGGAUUUUCGAUGAGAGUUAUGAAAUGGUCCCCAGAUUUCACUCCUAAUGUCGAACCUCCUUUAGUUCUAGUUUGGAUUUCCUUACCUCUUCUACCUGUCCAACUCUAUCACAGAGAUGCUAUCUACACCACUGCCUUAGCUAUUGGUACCCCUUUGAAAGUGGAUACUCCUACAACAAACCUUGGUAGAGUUUCGAAUGCAAGAGUGUGCAUUGAAAUUGAUAUCUCCAAACCUGUGAAAGAAUCCAUCCUUCCGAAGUUUAAAGGUAUAACAAUCUCUCAAAAGAUUGUUUAUGAGAACCUUCCGAAGUAUUGCAACCUUUGCAAGCACAUCGGUCAUGAAGAACUUACCUGCAGGGGUGCGAGUAAUAACUCAUCCAAGUACUAUUUCACCUCAUCUAGGAUGAAACAGAGAGAUGAGGUUAUUCCCUCACAUGGUAGGAUGAUGCGAUCUGGAAAUGAGAGGAAUAAGAGUGCCCCCCACCAGACUAAGGCAAGUUUUUCUUGGAGGCAGCCCCAGCCUGGAAAAGACAAAGGGAAACAGGUUGCUAAGGAGGAUGAUCUGCGUCUCCUCCUUAAUGCUAAAAGAGGAAAAGAUCACAUCCAUUUCCUUUCCACUCAUGAGGACCUCCCUUCCACCUCGGGUGCUGGUUAUGGAUGUGGUUUGAAGCAAACCUCAAACCCGUUUGCUCCUUCAGGUGUUGACCGUGAUCAAGACCCUGCUCAAGAACUUGAUAAUGAUGGAUAUAAGGUCUCAGAAAAUCAAGAUUGUAUUACUGUUGAAGGUGAGAUGGAAGGAAAGGGUGGCAAGUAUCCUGCUUCUACCGUUUUGAAAACAACAUGCUUAGAAAGUCUUGAAGAAGCUGAAAGAAAAGAGACCUUUACUGAUGAGGAAGCAUCUGGCUCAGAGGAUGGCUUAGAAGGCACGAAUAAUCCUAAUACAGAGGAGGAAAGAAACUCGGCAGAUGGUGAUUCUUCUGAUCAAGACGAUGGGAACUAUAUGGCAGAAGAAGAGUAUGAUGAUAUGGAGGAUGAGGAUGGAGAGGAUUCAAUGGAGAAUGACUGUGACAGUGACUACACUCCUCUUAUCAUGGAUACACUUUCCAAUGAACUUAUGAUGAGACAUGCAGCCUCUAAUAUCUUAUCCCAAACCAAUUGUGAAAUUGGUGCUCAAUAUGAGGAAUCUGCUGUGUACGGCUCUCAAGAUCAACUCAAGGAAGACUGCAUCUUUAAGGACAAAGAUGCUGAUAGACAAUAUCACUCAGAUGGAGUUGUCAGUAACCGGUUGGAUAGAGAGGCUUUGGAGGAAGUUAGAGAUGCUAGUUAUAGCAUAUAUAAGAACAAUUCUUGUAUGAGGGAUGAUGAUUUGGAGAAACAUAUUGAUCAUACAAACAUUCAAUUGAAGGAGCCUGACAAUAUGUGGUAUGCUCUUAACUCUGUUCCAACUGACGAAGCUGAGUUGAAAAAGGAUCAGUCUGCAACACCGUCCAAGCAUGAAAAGGAAAACAUAAUUUAGGAUGCGCGUACAAUCCUCAGCAUGGUAUCAACACCUUUAUCCCUUAGACCUCACACCAGAAGCUUUGUAAAAAAAAUCAAUCUUCUAGCGGUUUCAGCCGCAAACUUGCAGCUCCCAUCUCCCCAAGAUUUUCCAUGAAUGAUUUGAAAAUGUUAUGUUGGAAUGUGAGAGACUGGGUUUCAAGUAGCUGUGGUCCAACAAAUCCAACAAAAUUUGGAUUUUCCUUUCCAAUGAUUUUAAGAUUGUUGUGGAUAUUGAUCAUGACCAAAUUCUUCAUAUCAAGAUCUCUUCACCAAUGUUAUCUGCUCAUUUCUUCCUCUCAGAGAUUUAUGCCAAAUGCAGCAUUACACAGAGAAGAGAGCUCUGGGAGGUGAUAAAAACCAUUGCCCAUGACUUAACUGCGACCCCAUGGCUUCUUGGGGGCGAUUUUAAUGCCAUCUCCGAUAUCUCUGAACGAGAUGGCCCUGGUAGGACUAAAAUCCGGUCUGCUAGAGAUUUUAGUGAUGCUAUUUUGGAAGCUAACCUCCUCGAUGCUGGUUUCAUUGGCUCCCCAUUUACUUGGACUAAUAACAAAAUUUGGGAAAGGCUUGAUAGAGUGCCCUACAAUAACACCUGGAUGGAUCUUUGUACUACCACGACGGUUUUUUACCUCCCUCGGAAUGUUUCAGGUCACUCUCCCCUCCUCAUCUCAGUUAAGCUCAAUGCUCAGAGGUCUCAAUCAGCUUUUCAGUUUCAACACAUGUGGAUAAAGCACCAUAAUUUCAUGGAAUCUGUGGAAAAUAGCUGGAAUGCUCCUUCGGGCUGUUUUGGGCAACUUAACCUCCACGUUAAGCUUAAAAGGCUUAAAUUCCACCUCAAAGACUGGAACAAGUCUGUUUUUGGAAAUAUUUUUGCAAUUCUUGCCAAUGCUGAUUCUAAAGCUGCUGAGAGUGAAUUGGUUUAUGAUAUAAAUCCUUCUCAGGCCAACCUUAUUGAAAAAAAUAGAUGCUUUGCAGAACUUACAAAGGCUAUCAGUAUGGAAGAAGCCUUUUGGAAAUAAAAAUCAGCUUGUAGAUGGAUUCUUGAAGGAGAAAAAAACUCAAAAUUCUUCCAUAAUAUGGUCAAAAGGAAAAGAGUCAGAUCUCAGAUUUUCUCUAUCUCUGAUAAUGGUGAACCUGUUACUAACCCUUCGGAUAUAGCAGCCUCUGCUAUAAAUCACUUCAGCUCUCUUCUUACCCAAAAUCAGCACGAAAGGCCUCCAUAUGAUUUGGAUUGGAUUGAUCCCUGUAUCACAACUGAGGAGAACUCCCAGAUGAAGGCGAUUCCUACUGCUCAGGAAAUUAACGAGAUUUCAUAGCUGAAAUCUACACAGCGGGUUGCCCUAGUUCAUUGGGCUCCUGGAGGUUCUAAAGUUUUCCGAAACCCAGCAUCACCUUCUGCGGAUACUAAAUUAUGGAGACAAAGGCGUGCAGUGUGAAUUCAGGAUAAGCAAACUUGAGUUUAACGGAAGGUAUAACACUUUCCCUGGUCAAGGUUUUCUUUACAUCCGCCGCAGUCCCGGACACACCCCUUAUUUUGGCAACAAUUGCUAGGGCGACUACCUUUCGCGAGGUGGUUGGUGAAGAUCCUAUUGAGUGGAACUAUAAGGACCUCAUACGCCACCCCUGAGCAUAUCGACCGGUUCCUUUAUGUUUUGCCUCUAUUUGUAUUAUCAAUUGCAUGUCGUGGAUGUGCUUGGAUGGUAGGUUCUAAUGGUAUGUGAAAUACCUAUGGAAUAGAUGCAAGAAAUUUGGAUGUAUCUUUUGUGUGGUAAGAAUUGUUGCUAUGGAUUGAUGGAUUUCCCCACUUGUUUAUUACUAGGUUGGAUGUUUGAAA